UCUCCUGGUCUCUCUGCUUCCUCUUUGUACUCAAAGUGUGGAUGCUGAACUUGUAGACAUGGGUAGUCUUGGCAAAAUUACAGAGUUUUUUCGUAAGAAUUAUGAAACAGGGCAAUAUGCAGUAGCCAUCAAUGUCCCAAAGGAGCAGUGUAUCACUUUUGACGAGUUAACAUUCCUGAAAGGAGAGAACGAUGUGAGGCAAAGUCUCCAAGAGAGUCUGCAUAUCUAUGUAGGCACUGAGCUGAUUGCUGCAGGAGUUUUGGGGAACAAACAUUCAGAAGAUCUACUGAUGAAUCCUCCAAAUGGUUCUUACUUGACACAAUUGUUAAAAAAAAAAGGAUUGGAUGGAUGUGUGGUUUUCUACACCUUAAACUCUCCCUGUAUAGACAAUUGUCUCAGUAACAAUGAGGACAGCAUUUUACCAGGUCUUGCUGAAUUAAAGGCACACACAGGAAUUAAAGCCUUUGCUUUCAAACAUAUUUAUCAGUGGGACCAAAACAAAAAUAAUCUGCCCGCAGAACUGGGGAAGGUUGCUGAACGUGUGCCUCUCUACCGCUGUUUCUAUGAAUGUAUCCUUUGUGGAAAACCAGGAUCAAGCACAAUAACAAAGGAGUCUUGCCGAUGGGGGAAUUUGCUGUCCAUCGGGGUUCCUUCCAGAACUGUUGUUCUGGGGGAUGAGCCAGAGGCUGAGGCUGAACUGGAGGGCGUUGAUGUGAUGAUGCCGAAUCACAGUCUGCUUGGCUUACAAGACGGUUCUUCUUGUCUGGACACGAAAGUUGAUGGGGCUGCUUUAAAUGAGGGUGAAAAAGUCAAGCUGGCCGAGUUGUUGAGAUCUUUUGCUGAAUUAUUUGAUGGACAUCUAGGCCAUACAUCCAUAGUUGAGCUGAUGGACAUGUAG